AUGGAAGCUUCCAUUUCACCUUAUUCUGAGUGAACUCUGGAGAAGGAGGGUGGAGAACUACUUGAAUAUCUUGAGCCCGAAGAUUCACUCAGAUACCAUAAGGAAUGUAAUGGACAUGAAAGCAAACUUGGGGUUGCUGCUGCACUUUUUAAGAACAAGGAUGUAUGGGUUAUGAACAUUGUCGUAGAAGAUGGACCAAAUACAUUGAAGGUGGUAUACGACAGGGGGAUGAUAGGCACCAUCCACAGCUGGUGUGAAUCCUUCUCGACAUAUCCUCGGACAUAUGAUUUGCUUCACGCUUGGACCGUGUUCUCUGAUGUCGAGAAGAAGGAAUGCAGUGCAGGAGAUCUUCUGUUGGAGAUGGAUCGUGUGAUAAGGCCCAUUGGUUUCAUUAUCAUAAGUAACAAGCAAGUGGUGAUAGAUUACGUGAAGAAGUAUCUGGUGGCGUUGCACUUGGAGGCAAUUGACUCCUCGAGCACUGAACAAGACCGGGAUGACGCGGUUUGUGGGAAUGGUUGUUUUCCGAGCGCAGCUGUGGAGUGGAGAGUGGGGUUGUAA